ACAGAAGUGAGAAUCUCUAUUUGCUUCGAAUUCCCGUUUCCUCUGACAUCUUGCUUCGUAGUUUGAUUUCUUCUUAGUUCGAUCGAUAGAGAGCAUGGCGGGGAAAGGCGAGGGUCCGGCGAUCGGGAUCGAUCUGGGGACGACGUACUCGUGCGUCGGAGUAUGGCAGCACGACCGGGUGGAGAUCAUCGCCAACGACCAGGGAAACCGCACCACCCCCUCCUACGUCGCUUUCACGGACACCGAGCGCCUCAUCGGUGACGCCGCCAAGAACCAAGUGGCCAUGAACCCAAUCAACACCGUCUUUGAUGCGAAGCGUUUGAUUGGGAGGCGAUACAGUGACUCUUCCGUCCAGAGUGACAUAAAACUAUGGCCGUUCAAGGUCAUUGCUGGCCCCGGCGACAAACCCAUGAUUGUAGUGCAGUACAAAGGCGAAGAGAAGCAAUUCUCUGCCGAAGAGAUCUCCUCCAUGGUCCUCAUCAAGAUGCGCGAGAUUGCCGAAGCUUACCUCGGAACCACCAUCAAGAAUGCGGUGGUGACGGUCCCUGCCUACUUCAACGACUCGCAGCGGCAGGCCACAAAGGAUGCCGGAGUCAUUGCGGGGCUCAAUGUUCUGCGGAUCAUCAAUGAGCCCACUGCUGCUGCCAUUGCCUAUGGUCUGGACAAAAAGGCUACAACUUCUGGUGAGAAGAAUGUGCUCAUCUUUGACCUCGGUGGCGGCACCUUCGAUGUCUCUCUUCUCACCAUCGAAGAGGGUAUCUUUGAGGUGAAGGCCACUGCUGGUGACACUCACCUUGGUGGCGAGGACUUUGACAACCGGAUGGUGAAUCACUUCGUUCAGGAGUUCAAGAGGAAGCACAAGAAGGACAUCAGUGGCAAUCCCAGGGCGCUUAGAAGGCUUAGGACAGCUUGUGAGAGGGCGAAGAGGACUCUCUCUUCGACUGCUCAGACCACCAUUGAGAUUGACUCCCUCUAUGAGGGCAUCGAUUUCUACUCUACAAUUACGCGAGCUCGGUUCGAGGAGCUCAACAUGGACCUCUUUAGGAAGUGUAUGGAGCCCGUGGAGAAGUGUUUGAGAGAUGCCAAGAUGGACAAGAGCAGCAUCCACGAUGUUGUCCUCGUUGGUGGCUCGACGAGGAUCCCCAAAGUUCAGCAACUUCUCCAAGACUUCUUCAACGGGAAGGAGCUCUGCAAGAGCAUCAACCCUGAUGAAGCCGUUGCUUAUGGCGCCGCAGUCCAAGCUGCCAUCUUGAGUGGCGAGGGCAACGAGAAGGUCCAGGAUCUGCUAUUGCUCGACGUCACACCUCUCUCCCUGGGUCUGGAGACAGCUGGAGGUGUCAUGACGGUCUUGAUUCCGAGGAACACCACCAUUCCCACCAAGAAGGAGCAGGUCUUCUCCACUUACUCCGACAACCAGCCCGGUGUCCUGAUUCAGGUAUACGAGGGUGAGAGGACAAGAACCAGGGACAACAACCUCCUCGGUAAAUUUGAGCUGUCGGGCAUUCCCCCUGCUCCCAGGGGAGUCCCCCAGAUCACCGUCUGCUUUGACAUCGACGCCAACGGCAUCAUAAACGUGUCCGCCGAGGACAAGACCACCGGGCAGAAGAACAAGAUUACCGUCACCAACGACAAGGGGAGGCUGAGCAAGGGAGAGAUUGAGAAGAUGGUUCAGGAGGCGGAGAAGUACAAGGGGGAGGACGAGGAGCACAAGAAGAAAAUCGAGGCGAAGAACGCCUUGGAGAAUUAUUCCUACAACAUGAGGAACACCAUUAGGGACGAGAAGAUAGCGGCGAAGCUGCCGGCGGAGGACAAAAAGAAGAUCGAAGACGCAGUGGAGCAGGCGAUCAGCUGGUUGGACGGCAACCAGCUGGCCGAGGCCGACGAGUUCGAGGAUAGGAUGAAGGAGCUGGAGAGCAUCUGCAACCCGAUCAUCGCAAAGAUGUAUCAGGGCGCUGGCGGUGGAAUGGGCGGUGGUAUGGACGAGGACAUUCCCAGCACCGGAGGCAGCAGUGGUGCAGGGCCAAAGAUUGAGGAAGUUGAUUAAAGCCUCGUAUCAGCAGAAGCUAAGCGACUCGACGAGUUUAUGAUUUGGCUCGCGUCCUUUUUAUCUUUUAUGUAUGUUUAGGAGUUUCUGUGCCUGUGUAUUUCUCUUUUGAAUAAGGGAAGCAUACGAUACUGGAUAUGUUUAUGGUAUUGAGGUGAAACAAAUUAGCAAGUGGCAGCAAAUUAGCUGGUAA